ACCAUCACUCUCUCCUCUCUCUCACUCACAAACUCAUCUCUCUCUAUCUAUUUCUUCGAUGGCCACGAAACUCAUCAUAAAGAAGUCAGCAAAAUCAAUCAGUAGAAACUACAUCCGCUGUCACCGGAAGACUCAGAUCGGAUGCUCACCAUCACCAGCGGCUACCACCGUCAUCGCCUCCAUCAACAAAUCUAUUUACAGAUGUCACCGAACCAUCCUCUGUUUAUUCUCUCGUCGACAACGAACCAAAGGAUUCAAAAUCCUCAAACCAAAUCUCCAAACUCCGUAUCCACUGAUUCACAACAGAUCUAUUAAACCAUUCGACGAGACGAAGAAGACAAUCGUGUUGGAUCUAGACGAGACGCUCAUUCACUCAUCCAUGGAGAAACCCCAAGUCCCUUACGACUUUGUAGUGAAGCCCAAGAUCGACGGUCAGAUCUUAACCUUUUACGUGAUCAAACGGCCGGGAGUAGACGAUUUCUUGAAGAAGAUCGGCGAGAAGUACCAGGUCGUCGUCUUCACUGCGGGUUUGAGAGAGUACGCCACGCUCGUGCUCGACGAGCUGGAUCCGGAGAGGCGCGUGAUCUCACGGAGCUUUUAUAGAGACGCGUGCAGCGAGAUCGAUGGGAGGUUGGUGAAGGAUUUGGGGUUUGUGAUGAGAGACUUGAGGCGCGUGGUGAUCGUUGAUGAUAAUCCAAACGCUUACGCGCUUCAACCGGAGAACGCGGUUCCGAUUAAACAGUUUUGCGAUGAUUUGGAGGAUGAUGAGCUGGAGAAACUCGGUGAGUUUCUGUGUGGUGGUGAUUGUGUCAAGUGUGAAGAUAUGAGAGUUGCGUUGAAGGAGUUUGUUGUCGGAAGGGGUGAAUGAUUUUUUUUUAUUAGUUAAUUUGAUUAUUAGAGGAUUUAAUUAUGAAGACAGUGAGUGAACAAUAGCUUUGUUUGUUCCAACUGUCUUGUGUUUGUGUAAACCUCCUCGUGGAAAGAUAUUUGUUUAUCUUUUUAUUGUUUUCUUAGUGUUUUUUUCUGUGGUUGAAAUAAAAGGUUUUAAUGAA